UACAGUUCGCAUGUACAAUUUAUCGUUCUCAGUUGCAUUCAUCGAUUGUGGACUGAAGAGCGACGAGAAACAUAGAGAGAAUUUACCCCUCACGUGGCUCGUUUUGUAUCACUUCGUACGUAGCGUUGGAGCUCUUCUUUUUUGCACUUUUCAUGAUGUUUGUGAUUCGAUAAUGAUUGUUACGAGGAUGCCACGCUUGCGUGGUUGACUCGGUAUCAAAAUUGGCAACUUCGCGAAGAGUGACAGUGCUGGAGUUGAGAUGGCACUCGAAGCUGAUGUGAAGAAGUAAAUGUCUUGGGUGUGGGGCGCGAUCGUUCAGACUCAUGAAUAAAGGUCAGUUGUUGGAAGUUUCAGCGUGGUUUCAUCAAGUCCCAGUGAUGCAAGCAGUGAUGGACGAAGUCGAGAUUUUCCAGCACAUAGAUCGGUUGAGCGGGCUUUCGGCAGUGAAAUGCCACUACAAAACAUGCCCUGUAAACUAAACCGCAAGACACAUCUUUCUCCCAGAGAUGACCGAUGCAGAGUCAAGAAGGCCUCGGAAGUUUCUAGAAGUCAAGAAGGACUCGGACGAGCUGGAAUCUUCGGAUCGAAAGGGCUCAGAAAGUAUAAAAGAUAAGGAUGUGAAGGGAAUUCUAAUUUUUCAACUAUGGACAAGUGGAGGAACGACGUGAACCUAAAGCUCCUUUCUGAGCUGGUCUGGCUGCCAAUUUCUCGUUAGAUAUGUUGAAGAUAGUGCUUUGAAUUAGACAAAGGCAACAAAUUGUCUUGAAAGUAUGACUAGUCAAACUUUCAAGACCGCAGCGUUACGUUGCGUUGUCCUGGUCGAACCUGGCGCAAGAUUCUUGAUCGCGCCGGAGGGAACCGGCGCGUGGCAGUGGGGUGGGCGAGCGUGGACGCGCCAAUGGCAGAUGCCUCAGCACUGUUCUCCUCGGCACGCAGGCAUCAGAUUUUACGAGCAUCCAUUGGAUUGUCAUUGAGAUUGACAACGCAUGUCCAUAUUUAUUUUGGACUGACUGUGCCAUCAGGUGACACAAGGCUACGUCUGAAAAUAUUUAUAAGGUAAUCGAGAUGACAGCUCAACAAACACAGACGUGGCUGCGAACGUUGUCCCAUUACUACACGACAUGCUUCCAAAAUUGUCCUCAAAUUAGCUGUAAUCAAUUCAACUGCAAGCGGUAGGUUACGUGCAGCGGUGAAGAGUUUCUUUGUUGGUGUUCUGCUUCAUAUGCCCCUUCUCCAAAAAUAUCAAAUGGAUCCGGAAGAACACACUGUGUACUCUUGCGCUUGCGUUAUUCGUUCGUACAUCCUUGUCUGCGGUGGUAGAAGUAUGUAGCUCUAUCUAGCGAUGUCCUUGAUCUUGUGGAAGUUGACUUUUUGACAGCUUUUGUUCUAGCUCUGAAUUCCUCGUACAAUGUAAUCAUCGGGUGGCUGUGCCGGAUAUCUGGGGAUCGAGGUAACAAGCAUUCUCAUCAUCCCGAAGAUAGAAAAGUGUGGGUCGCGGUUAUUCAGCAGACAUUUUCUGAGAAUCCAUCAGAGAUUGUCUUGCUUCACAUACGAGUAGAUAGGCACAAGUCUCAGAGACUGUACAUAAAACAGCUAGGAUGUGCAAUUGAAAGAGUGAUGCUCGAUGAGCUUCGCAGCAUGAACGACUGGAGGCGUUCUGGAGCUUGUCUCAAAUGCGACGCACUUUACAUGCUGCUGGUAGACCUCCUUGCGUUGGGAGAAACCACAGACCCAGCUGUGGUGAGGAGCGAUAUUCGGGCCUAGAAUAUUUGGUUGGUGGGUUCCGAGACUGGCACAAAGGCAUAGACUUCAAGAAUGGGCCUUCUGAUUCCCGGUUCACGUCGGUGAUUCUCUUGGCACACUAUUAUAGACCUCCUCCUAAUUAGCCGUCACUGCAUAGAGGCUCUCGGGGACACCAGCUGAGUCUAGAGUCCCAGACUCAUCGGACUCCCCGUCCAACAUUUCGGACCGGAUUCACUUCCACUGCUACCAAGUACUCUGCCGUCUUCUUCCACUCGCUGAAUUACUGUCAGGGGGAAGAACGAGUUGCCAGCGGAGUAGUGCGGAAGCAAUUCAUUACUCUGUAGAAUUUGUCGCUUGAGCCGUGGGUUCUUCUCAUGACCAUCGUUACGGACGCAAACCGCCAAUGGAAUCCCAAUGGGACAGUAGACCAAGUGUACUAGACCCAUGAGAGAACGAAAAGAUCCUUGACGGGAGAGUACCAAUCUUUGACUACACUCCUCAGCACUGACAUCAGACUACCGUACUGGGGAACCCUGCACCUGAGUCCUGUCUGCGUGUGGUACAUACAUGGCGAACAUAUUCAUGUCUCUGAUGAUUGUACGUCGCUACCUGCAAAGCUUGUCUUGUACGUCGCGCAGCAGGGGAAAUCAUCUCGACGCGUACUGCGAUGCGGAAGUCCAAAAGUGUUAGAAUUUGAAGGACGCUUAGAUCAGCAUCAAAUGCUGAGCUUCGGUAUGUCUGUCUUUCAUUUGUAGGCACUUUCUAUCUGGCGUUAGGCUCUAUAGUAGCGCUCGAGACACAAACACUCUGGUACAGAACGCUGAUUGACCAGCAACCUCGUACAGUAGAGGGUAAAUCUACCGCCAUAUCUGAAUGAAGAAGCAAUCAUUUGUUAUUCUCGGGAGUCAAAACGACCAUCAACACAGUCCUGGUCUUCGCCUUUUGGUCAAAGAGCACUUUAUGAGGAAGUGGACCAUGAUGAAUGCCUGAGGUUUUGUCAGUGGCGAAGUGGAUCCCGGUCCAUGGCAGAAGUGGAUGCAACUUGACCGCAGGGUGCAGAGCUUAUUAUGGCGAAGUUAAGGCUCGUUCGUGGCACUUGGCACUUCUGUUCUUGCUCUGCGAGAGAUUUCGAUGUCGUCCGCUCAUGUUCCGAAUGCGCCAAAAGCUGUAUACGGAAAUCCUCGCGUGAGUGUUAGGUGACCGAAGCUUUGUACCGAUAUUGAAUUGGCCGCUCAUCGAUCCGGCUCAGAAAUGUCGGAACAUUUUGGCAUCAGCGUGUACAAGAGCGCCGUUUCAACUCAAAAAUAUCGAGCCAUUAUGAUCCUGACAGCAGGCCGGGAAGUUUCCCGGCUCGUUGGAUUCACACGCCCUCUCGGAGUGAGAUGAGCAUGAACCAUCCAUGCGGCUGCCGAACCCUCGGGCUCGUGUCAAUGAACUUGCCGAGAUCCCUCAAUACACUCUUGUCAACAGACUCACUUCAUCGUCAUCUGUUGUUAGCAGCACAACCUUUUCUCCGCUUGCGAGAAGGCCGGGUACUCUAGCAUCAUGGUACACUCUGAAGUCCUGAACAUGCGAAUCUUCAGCAUUGUCAAUUGGGAUGUUUGAAACGUACCACUCUCAAGGAGCAAAGGACACAGGGCCCGCACAUCAAGCUCGCCCCAGUCACGGACUGUCCGAGGAGAAGAGCGUGCCGUCUGAAACCAUCUGCUUAUCAUCGACUGAAGCUUGCAGCCUGCGCUUUUCCCAGAGAAUUUCUUCAGAGACUUGUGCACGCGUAUUUAUAUGCUAGUGGCGACCAGAUGCUCAAGCCUUCUUAGAAGAGUUAAGGAAACUCAUUUUCUUAAUCGUCGAGCUCUUUGCGGUUAAGCACCGGCAUCUGUACCCUUGGAGGAGCGAAAACUUGCAGUGGAUGAUGGGAUGAAAGUCGACAAAAACCCCGAAGGCUCAUGGUACCAAAGUCAAGGACAUGCCAGAGCCCAUGGUGGUUCAUAUACUGUCGGAUCUAAGUACAGCAACAGCAAGCCUCGGAUAAAAGUAGCAGGCCUCGCCUGAUUGCUCUCUGUAACAUGUUUGAAACAAGGCGAAGAUAUCUCCAAAUAGCUCCAAGCUUAGGUGCCAUGAGCCAUUGCGCUCCACGCCGGAGCCCAGAUCGUACAACAUUGCAGCAUGUGCACAGAUAUCAAGUCAAAUAAGUAACGCAUGGGCGUGUCAGACAAUAAAGGGCGUGCGCCGUCACAACGACACUUCAGUCUGCUGACUGCAACCAAACUUCACCAUAGUAGUAAUAAUAGCGAAUCACUCGGUCGCUCACUCGCAAGGCACCACCGGAGCUGGACGAAAGAGGAUUAUGUAGUUUGAGGAAUGCGGCUUCGUUGGUGGUCUUCGACGACCUGCCUAGUCCUUGAUGUAUAAAGUGCAGCAGGCCCGUGCUGCCACAGUUCCUAGCUCGUACCUUUGUAGGUCUGUAGUUGCUUGCAGCCGGCUUCAGCAGCAGGUAGGGGCUAUGGCUGGAAAGUUCUGCGUGCUCGGACCCAGGCGAGCCCGAGCCGGUGCAGUGUUGUUGCUGAUGAUUUGGAGACUGUGCCAUGUUUCGGCCGACAUUGAGAUCCAUCGCUCCAGAGCUAGUGAGGGGAUCGACAAAUGGCAGCUGCAGGUGGUGGCGUGCACUCCGCAUGGGACGACAGUCACCUUCAUCAUCCAAGAGUUCGGUCAGGUCCGAUCCGAGAGGUCUACAUUGACCCCCGGAGAAUCAGCCAGCUUCGAAAUCGUAGAGGAGAACGUGAAUGACUGGACGUGCAUCGCCAAAUUCACGCUGCUCAACUCCACAACCAGAUACUUCAAAGAGUUCCCUCUCCGGGGACCUCACGGACCCAAGUGCAGCACCUGCCGAUGGAUCUUCAAAGACUAUCAGAGUGGCAUAUUCCUGGACAGCAACGACGGCCGCGGUCCGGUCCACAUCCUGGACUGGGAUGUGGACGUCGACACCAGUAAACAAUUCUCUUCCCGGCGAGACUAACAACUGUCUCCUCGCCUAGGCUCAGAGAGAGAGAGAGACUUUUGCCCGAGGCACGUCUAUUAUUGACCUGAGAAAUCGUCCACUUUGUGACACACAUGUGACCGUCGUCUUCCUCCACUUUUUUGAUAUCAGCGCUGUGUCCUCCACUCGCAUUCCGCACCAUCCUUCGCGCGCACACACACAUUCACGCACAGAGACAGGUCCGACGAUCGGACCAUGCACACCUUUUUGCUACGUAGUAAUGUUGCCAACCAGCAGCACUCGCAUACAUACAUAAAUAUAGCUGUGUGCUGCUGGCUGAUUUGUUUACCGGAAUAUAUACUUUCAUGUGGUUACACCGAGGCCCUGGUUGCAAUCUGUUGAGUUUCACGUGGAUGCCACCGAGUGUGUGUUGCUGGAAUUUCAUGACGUAACUAGCUCGAUCAGUUGCAUAGCAUAUCGUCAUGGUUGCAGUUCUUUGACGUCGUGGCCGUAGCUCUGCGAGGACGAAGGCCUCCUCGAGUAGAGCGGCGGAGGACAAAUAUAGUGAUCGAGCGAUGGGUGGCAGGCAGGACGGAAACAAGCGCGACCCUUGUACGAUUAGCUGCGGCCUGGCGGUCGUCACGAGCUCGCUCGCUCCGUUGCAGGGUUCUCCUCGGAGGUGCAGUAGAAACGCCAGAAUGUUGAUUUCGACGUACAUGUUGCAUCAGGGUCCAAUCAUUAGUUUGUGAGCGGCACAUGUACGACUGGAAUCCGGUUGCCUUCACGUGGAAGACUUACAGACAGAGCUGGUUCCGAGGUCCAAUGUCGGACAAUCUGUUGCGGGGAUCUCAAUUGAUUGACGUACAGCAUGGGCCAAGCCACGCUCUUUCGUAGCCUCCUCGGAUCAGAGCAGCCUCAGCCAGGUCAAAGCUAGCGUUCUGCAAGUGUGGUGUCAAGUGUUGUGGUUGCUAUUGUGGACUCCAUCCCAUGUCUGCCCUUCCGAAUGGAUUUAGGCUGCGAGAGGAUUUUGUUCGUUUCUCCAACUGACGAGCUCGCUUUCCGUUGUCUCUCGAUGGCUCUUGCCUGAAGGUACGCGGGCAUGCACUUGCGGAAAAUCUCCGAACAUCGUGAUUAUUCAUCUGAAAUGUCGGCCUGUUUCUUGGAGUAGAAAUCUGUCCCGUCUUCGCGAGCGGAGCAUCUCCGGACGUGCUUCGAGGUGUCGACAUCGAGUCGAAUUCACAGUUGGAGGUCUUGCGACAAGGCCUGCCGAAACUCGUCGAGGCAGCGUGUGCUUGACGAUCGGUUCCGCUGCAAGAUUUCGAACGGCGACCUCUGUACUGUCCUCGCCCACACGAGGAGGGUUAUGUCCAUUGCGCCACUUCCAGAGCGCCAAGCGCCAAGCGCCAAUAUUCUCGUCUUCGAGUUUCGCGAGAAGAGCAUGUGCUGGAAUAAUGCAUCACUCUCUCCUCUUCUGUGCGAUCAGAGAGGAAUUCCUCUUCGUAAAGGAUCAAGGCCCGAGCAAAUGUCCGAGCCGCCGAAAUCCUGUCUCGUCGAUUUGACCUGGGCCAGGGAAGUGCUGCAGUGCUGUCGUCUUCCUCGAGACACGGCAGAGCCCCCUGCUGCUCGGACUUCCGCACCGCUUCUCUCCCUUUCACCUCUCCUCGCGACUCGCCAGCAAUCGAUGAACCCACCGCCUCGUCGUGAUUUCACAAUGGGACACCGCGAUAAUGAUCUCCUGACGCGAGAAAUCGGGCGAUGGGCGGUGCAGCGGGGCCAUCUUGGCACAGAUAGAUCCGGCGCGGUGCACUGUGGAGGGCUCGUCACAGCGAUGUGGGCAGGAGACAAACGUGAAAGGUCGUCACUCCGGAGGCCUGGAUCAUAUGCUCGUGAAGUGCGCAGAUGCCGGAGCGAGAGAAUUUCCCGAUGGAAUGUCAUGCGUAGGACCCUCCGAAAGAUACCAACCUUCAGUCGAUGGGGAAUUACAGGCCGCCAAGGUAGCACUGAAGCGAGGGAAUCCCGCCUGCAGCUGCUGUGGAAGAUGGGACGUGCUGUCGAUGGCUCGCAUUGCAAUCUCGGAACAAUCGCCCGGUCAAAGGAUUACUGGCUCGCUCGACGGCUGCAAAGAAUCGAACACGUUUUCGGCGGUUCCAUCGAGCAGCGGUGUCUGGAGGGCAUGGAUUUUCAUCCGGGUCCCCCCGCCCGUGGCCCCAGCCCACGAUUGCUUGACCCGAACUCCAAUCUCCCUCCCUUCCACGACCCCGCGUGGGCGCAUCGCAGCCAUGAUCCUCCUUCGUCGACGUUUCGUUUCGUGGAAGACUCGUCGUUCGCAAUUCGUCGUGUAUCGUGAUUCUGCAUAAGGAGAAGGUGCAGGCGCAGACGGGCUCCCAUUCGGCACGAACAUCACCUGACUGGGCAGAUGACGAGCCCUGGGAUAGAUGAUUUUAGGACGUGGCAAAUUUGGUAGAUCACUGACAUUGGCACAUCUGGUGACGAUCAGUCGGGCCCGAGCAACAUCCCACCACUGCGAGGAUGUGACAGUAAGAAAUUCUUCUACAACCACGACUAUGCCGAGGGCAGAGAACGGAGCAACGUCCUGGCAAAGAGGCCGGCGCUGCUGGCCGAAGAAGAGCCCGAUGUCGGAGGUGACUCUGGACGCCAAUCUCUGGAGCUCGCUGCCGGGGGAGCUGUUCUUCCUCGUGCUGGCACGGUUGUCGGCGCGAAGCUUCUGCAGGCUGCGCAGCGUGUGCAGGAGAUGGAACCAUCUGCCCAGCAGCUCUCAAUUUCGCAAGCCGGAGCGCAAUCGCCUCUGUGCAUCAUGCACGACCACGUGAUGGUGCUAGCCAUCACGUGGACCAACGAACGAUUGUCCCGCUCGCUGAAUGUGGCGAGGCUCGACUCCCCGACGGAAUCCGAAAGCAACUGUGCAGUCGACCUUGGGCGGCCUGGUGCUGCUGAAGUGUCGGGAGCCCUGUAUAAGGAAAUUCUUCGUCAGGAAUUCUCUGAAUGGAUCAAGGGGCCGCUGCCACCCAUGCCCGACCGGGCGAGCAUGGACGACGUGCUAUACGCCGGUAUGGCCAUGAAUAUGCAGACGGACGAGUACAAGAUUCUGGUCAUGGGGUCCUACUCUACAUUCACGACCGAGCCGAACCUCGCGGUGGAAAGUUACGAUUCGAGGUCUGAUUCGUGGGAGGUUGAGUGGAUGAGGCCAAGAGGUGAGUCUGUACAAGCUGAAAAUAUUGCUGGAAGCCAAUAUUUUGAGCCCUGUGCUCCAUCAAGGGAGCUUCUAUUGCUUGACCGCCGACGUCGACUUCACUGACAUAUGGCUCGUCGAGGACGCCGCCCGUGUACAAAAGAAUGGCGACUCCGAAGACCGGAACGGACAGAAUCCAUCAACUUGCCGAAGUAGGGUAUGAUGUUCGCCGUUCUCUUCGAGCACGGGCGGCGGCUCAUGUUCGCAGGGAAGAGCGGGAGAAGGAUCGCAGCGUGCACAUAUGGGAGGAGGAUUUAGAGGCUGGCGUAUUGAGCGAGAAAUUCCGGCUUUUCGAGAGGUGCCUGGCUGGAGACCUCGAACUAGCGACCUAUACGAUUCUGGUUACGCGCGAUCACGUUUUGAUUACCACCUACGAUCCCGAAGUACGAGGAAAAGGGCAACAUGAUUAUGUGCAACAUCGCGAAGCAGACCUGGAAGCGCCCUUGGUCCAUUCUGUCAUUACAAGGUCUUUCCUAUCUCCACGUCCGCCGGUGUCGAACCCCGACAGAGCUGGACGACGUGGCCACCAGGAUCCCUCCAAUUGUACGAACCCCGUCUUGACGUUCUAGCAAUGUAGCUUAGAAACACGGAUCGAUCGUCGCAUCGUGCUCGUUUCUUGCCACCGCUGUCGGGGCCCAAAAUGGUCGCCUGCGGCUGGUCGGGCCCCGCAAUUUGCCACAAAGCUGUCAGUGUGCAGAGAAUUUCAUUCCUGGCGGGCGGAACACAGGGUCAUGUGUUUAGCCGAAGCCUGUGAGCGUCAGUCUCACCGGCACCCUCAGUUGUGCAUGACGAGCCGAGCUGAUGUGCGCACGAUUGUUCCAAAUCGGCCUCAUAUAUGACGUGAGUAGAUUGUGAGCGUGUUUUUAUUCGCCAGUCUAUGGAACAGGUGGACUUUAUACAAGUGCAUUUAUGGGUAGACAAGACUUUCAGUGAACAUGUAAAUAUAAUUAGCCGAUAGGAAGAUCUCUAUGUUGUAGAUCUGGUUAGAAUGUAAUAGCAGAUUGGAGUGUGAAC